AUGUCACGUCAGUAUUGGUUGGACAGGAGUAUAUUGGGACUAGGAAGUCCUGUUGUUAUCAGGAUUAGUUUGUAUUGGACAACGGUUAAACAUCAGACACUGUUAAACGAAUACUUGGAACUGCAAGAGAUUCCGGAAUUUGCAGUUUUCGCUUCAUGGAGUCCUUCAAUUAAGGGUGCUUUUCUUGGCACCAUAGAGUUUAAGAUGCACCAGCUACCGGUUUCAAUGUCGUAUUUUUAUGGGUUAAAGUUUGGCCAUUUAUAUGAGGAUGCCCGCACCACAACAGGUAGACCAAGGACCUUAUUUUGCACUGAUAGGAGACAAGCUCGAGGAGGUUACAACAAGAAGAAACAUGAUGCAGUACCUCAAAAUAUAGAUCUUCCUCCAAUACUGCCCAAGAAAAAGAAGAAGCCCUAUCCCAUACCUCUAAAGAAGAUUCAGGAGGCUGCCAGAGCUGAUAAGAAGCUUGCAGAAAAGGGAAUAGAGAAGCCUCUUGAGCCUCCAAAAAAUGGACUUCUUGUACCUGAUCUUAUUCCGGUUGCUUAUGAAGUACUUGAUGCUUGGAAAAUUUUAAUUAGAGGACUUGCACAGCUCUUGCACGUUAUUCCCAUCCACGCUUGUAGUGAGUGCUCUGAAAUCCACAUUGCCGAAAGUGGACAUGACAUUCAAGAUUGUUCUGGCCCAACCAGUGGAAGCCGCCGAAGUUUUCACUCGUGGGUGAAGGGUUCUAUUAAUGAUGUACUUAUCCCCAUUGAGUCAUAUCAUAUGUACGAUCCAUUUGGUCGGCGCAUUAAGCACGAGACUCGGUUUAACUAUGAGAGAAUUCCCGCAAUUGUCGAACUCUGCAUCCAAGCUGGCGUUGAGUUACAAGAAUAUCCAUCAAGGAGGAGGACAGAACCCAUUCGAAUGAUUGGGAAGAAAAUAAUUGAUAUAGGUGGAAUUGUCGAGGAACCUGGACCUCACAGCUUUGGUAAUUCAGGGUCGUCAAUUGUGGACCUCGACACUCAUCGAGCUCUAGAGCGCUUUCUUCCACCGGUAGAGUCAGAGGUGCCUACAAUUGCACAGGAGACUAUCAACGCAUACGAGAAAGUCAAAUGGGGCUUGCGGAAGUUAAUGAAGAAGUACACAGUGAAGGCAUGUGGAUACUGCUCAGAGGUUCACGUGGGUCCCAGGGGGCAUAAUGCUAAGCUUUGUGGUGAAUUUAAGCACCAAUGGAGAGAUGGAAAGCAUGGCUGGCAAGAUGCCACAGUCGAUGAAGUGUUCCCCCCGAAUUAUGUAUGGCAUGUUGAAAAUCCCAAAGGGCCUCCACUGAAAAGUGCACUCAAGAGGUUCUAUGGAAAGGCUCCAGCCGUUGUUGAAUUGUGUAUGCAGGUGGGUGCUCGAAUACCUUAUAAGUACAAGCCAAUGAUGAGGCUCGACAUUGUGGUGCCAGAUAGCGAUGAAUCUCGCUUAAUUGCAUAA